AUGGAAAGAACUAUUUUGGCUGGUGUAUCAGUAGCAAUCACAAUCUUGAAACGAAACAUGGUUGUUAUUAUCGCUAUUAUAACUUACUUAAGAAUAUGUAGAGAGAUUUAUUGGAAUUACGGUAAAUUCGAUUGGAAACUAUGGACAAUUGCAGGAUCUAUGACUGCUAUUCUAUCAUUUAUGGGUACUAGAGGUUAUGGCGCCAAUAAAUAUUGUACAAAAAUAAAUACAAGAGAAACAGCUAAUAAUAACAAUAUUGAAACGGAAGAUUCGAUAGUAUCUUCUGAGUUGAAGUUAGAAAACAUAUCCCCUGAUACAAAUUCACAAUGGAAAGAACCAUAUUGUCGAACUUUCGCUGGUGUAUCAAUAGCAACCACAAUCUUAAAACGAAACAUAAUUGUUAUUAUCGCUAUUGUAACUUACUUAAGAGUAUGUAGAGAGGUUUAUUGGAAUUACGGUAAAUUCGAUUGGAAACUAUGGACAAUUGCAGGAUUUAUGACUGCUAUUUUAUCAUUUAUGGGUGCUAGAGGUUAUGGCACCAAUAAAUAUUGUACAAAAGCAAGUACUAUGUCUGUUUCUUUAAUUUCACUUUCAUUAUCGUUGGUUGUGGUAUCA